AUGAAUGUUAUGGAUUGCUUAAGUGCUUCGCACCAGGCAACUAAUAAAGCUCAGCAUUAUCUUUUAUUAUUUAAAAUUGUGACAGCUUGGAUUGCCGCCAUAGUUCCAAUCGCAUUUUGGAGAUUCAAGGGAUUAGGAUGGUUAGGACAUAAACAUACUCAAAUAUAUUUUGCUAUUCAUAUGCUCUGGUCCAUAGAGUUACCUCUUACAUACUCAUUCGUCUAUCUGUAUGACUAUUUACGAAUUAGCAUAAAGAAAGACGAUCCAUGUGAUUAUCUCAUAUCAACAUCAUUCUCAAUGAAUACACGUAUACUACCUGUUGUUGGAUUGGUGGGCGAAAUCAUAACAAUGUUUGUCAUUUGUAUUGAAAGAGCUUUAUCUACUAUACGACCUGUUCAUUAUGAAAGGUUUCGCAAUAAUAAUGCAGCUUUUCUCGUCUGCUUCAUAUCUGUAAUAGCAUCAUUUGGUUUAACAUAUGGCAUUCUAUUUUUCAACAUCAAGUGGGAUGCGUACCUUACGACUUAUACUUUAAAAACUCCUGAGAAUGCUAAUAGGUUUCAGUUAAUGACGAUUGCUGAGGUAAUCAUCGAAGUCUCAGCUGUUGUGAUAUUCAUGGUAUCGUUGAUACGUAACAAUCAGCAGCAUAAACUCUUUAUGAAAACGCAUGCGAUAGUACUAGCGAACAAGUAUCAAAUUAAAGAGAAUAGAAAAGUACUCAAGAAUCUCCUGCCUUUAUGCAUACUACAUGGAUUUCUACUAACUGUAAACUCAUUUGGACUAUCCAUCUAUCCACUGAUUUUUCCAAAAUUUGAUCCGAUUGAUCAUGCUUUCUACCUUGAAUGUAUAGGCCAAGUUCAUCUAUAUUCUAUAAUUGGACCAAUUAUCCUCACUUAUGGCGUUCUGAGAAAGAAACGUAAUGUUGUCAAUAAAAUACAGCAUCAUGAUGAAUAUUUUGUAAAUCUGAAAAAUCACUUCGAGAAGGGCCGUGAUACAACGAUCUUUUGCGAAUGA